UUACCGCCCUACUGCAAUGGCUACCGAGUUGUUACUUGCGUAUACCUAUGCAAGUAUAUAAGCGGCAAGGUGGACUCGGUAAAGUCAUCAGUCUCUUCUCGAUUCCUCUCCGUAGAACAACUUCCACAAGAUGCAGGUCCAAAUUAUCGUCGCCUUCGUUUCAAUGGCCGUCGUUUUGAUUGCUGGACAGGAGCAGCCUCAAUAUGCAAGUGGUGUGGCCAAGCCUUCUUACGAACAACAGCAGGCUCCAAUGCCGCAUUCCUUUGCCUGGGCUGUUAAAGAUGAGCCCAGCAAGAACGACUACUCCCACCAACAGGAAAGUGAUGGCAAAGUGACCAGCGGCUCCUACCGUGUCGUUUUGCCGGACGGCCGCACUCAGAUCGUCACUUACAAGGCCGAUGAAAAUGGAUACGUCGCCGACGUGAAAUACGAAGGUGAAGCUCGUUAUCCUGAGUACAAGCCUUCCUCAUACAACAAGCCAACGGGAUAUCCUACUCCGACCGAAGCGGCCAAACCGGAAUAUCCAUCUGCUUAAGAACAAACUAGGCAGAAUGGAUCGAUGUACAUUGUUUGUUUUUUUCAAAGUAUCGUGUCUCAAUAGCUGUAAUUAUAAUUGUCAAUAUUGUAUGGAAGUGGACAAAAGAAAAUGCGAUCAAAGAGA